AUGCCGCUCGCGGGUGGCUCUGGCGUCGGCCAGGGCUGGGUCUCAGGCCUCUCCUGGCCUGCUAAGCCCGACGUGGGGGCCCGGGGUCUUCGUGCCAUUGCGGCGAAUUCCCCAGGUGGCAAGUUUCACACUAUCCCCGUCCCGGAAAGGCCGAUGCUGUCUACACGUUUCUCGUUGCUACUGGAUAGCAUCUUUGAUGGCACCACAUUCGAAGAGGUGAAUCCUCCUACUGCUAGUUCAGAAAAUCAUCCACUUGACGUGGUCAUGGUGUAUGCCUUUGACUGCACCGAGUCUACCCUGGCCUGGUCCAAGGUGGAUGGCUCGAUCUUUUGGUUGGUGCAUGAGAAGCUCACCCGCUUGGUGGACAGCUGCAUGGGUUACAUCUACCCCAUGUUGACCCCAAACAAUUACACGUCGGAUAUGAAGGUAGUUGACCCCGCAGAAUCGAAGGCAACUGGCUACACGGCAUUUGACUGGCGCAGGUUACCCUGCACGAAAAACAUGGCAUCAGGCCUCGCCGAGGCGCAUAAAAUGCUCAGGAACCGAGGUAAUCAAAACGGCAUCAUCUUGUUCUUCUCCGAUGGGUUGUUAAACAAGGGAGACUUCUUUGAUGGAACGGAGAACUUCAAGUCAGAAGUCCCUGUGCACACGUUUACUCUUGGCGGGGACGCAUAUAAUCAGGGUCUCCAAGCCAUUGCGGAUAAUUCCCGGGGUGGGAUGUUCCACCCCGUUCCUGUUCCAGAUAGACCCCAGCUCUCUGUGCGCUUCUCAGAAAUACUUGAUAGCCUCCUCUUGGGCACCAAGACGAACUGA